CGCCGGGUUCACUUUUCUCUCGCAAUGACGGACAUGUCAUCUUUUAGGGACAUCGUCCCUGCCGUGGCGUUGGCUGGUAUUUCAACAGUACUUUACAUUGUCUACCUGGGCUUUUGGCGCCUUUACUUCAGUCCAAUCUCCCACUUUCCAGGCCCCAAGCUUGCUGCUCUGACUUACUGGUACGAGUUCUACUACGAGAUCCCCCUCCGAGGCCAAUAUCUCUGGAAAAUCCGCUCUCUUCACGAGCAAUACGGCCCGAUAGUCCGCAUUAAUCCCCACGAGCUUCACGUCUCAGACCCAGAGUUCUACCAUACUCUUUACGCAGGACCCUCUCAGAAACGGAACAGAGAUCCAUGGCAUACCGACGCGUUGGUGCUCGAUGGUGGGUUGUUGGCAAGUCCCGAGCAAGAACUCCACCGGAACAGAAGAGCCGCACUCAAUCCUUUCUUCUCAAAACAGAGUGCAAGGAGAUUGUUGCCUCGCGUGCAAGAAAGAAUUGGUACCCUCAAUCGUCGUUUGGAAGAGCUGAAAGAUUCCGGCAAGGUAGUCAAUGUGCUACAUGCACUCUCGGCGGCCUCAAACGACAUCGUCACCGAAUUCGCUUUUGGAAAAUCUAAUAACCGUCUCGAAGAUGAAGCAUUUGACCCCUGGCUUUCCACGAAAUCUUUGAAAUCUGCAGCGAUGGUUCCCCUAUUCCGCCAUUUCCCAAUAAUACCUCGUCUCAUCAACUCUCUCCCGGUCCUCAUUUCCUCUCUCAUCGGCGAGUUCGACAUUCAACUCCGUGUAAAAGCGAAAAUAGCGGAACAGAUCGAGUCCAUUCGAGCAGAAGGAACAAAAGCGGCAGACAAGCAAACAAUCUUCCACACUCUCCUCCAAAGCGACCUCCCAUCAAAAGAGAAGAGCACCGCCCGCCUCAUAGACGAAGCACUCCUCGUCGUUGUCGCAGGCUCACACAGCGUAGCCUGGACCAUCACAGUCCUAACUCUACACCUGCUCUCCUCCCCCUCCGUACUGCGCCCCCUGAAAUUAGAACUCACUCGCAUCAAGCGUGCAGAGCUCAGCUUACCGGACCUCCUUUCUCAGCUGGAGAGACUGCCAUACUUGACGGCUGUGAUUAAGGAGGCGCUGAGACUCUCGCACUGUGUGUCCAUGCGUCUUGCGCGUAUCUCGCCGGACUCGCCCAUGCAGUGUGGGCAGUGGACAAUCCCGGCUGGCACCUCGGUGUCCAUGACCAGUGUGCUGCUCCAUCUAAACCCGGACAUCUUCCCUUAUCCACACGAGUUCCGCCCAGAGAGGUGGCUUGACGACCCGGAUGGGAAACUGGAUAGAUACAUGGUUGCGUUUUCGGGCGGAAGUCGGAUCUGUUUGGGGUUCAACCUUGCGUGGGUUGAGUUGUAUAUUUUUGUUGCGGGGCUGUUUGGUAGCUUCGGUGGGAGGGGCGAGGAGUGGGAGGUUAGGGAGGUGGGGGAUCUGGGGGUCUUGGAGUUGUGGGAGACGGAUCGAAGGGAUGUGGAUGUUGUGAGGGAUCAGUUCUUCCCGGUGGUGAGGGAUGAGAGUAAAGGGGUGAGGGUGUUGGUUCAUAGUUAAGCAGAAAGAACUACGCGUCCUAUCGGUGCUGCUAAAGUAAGAUGAUUAGUUACCGCCGAUCGAGGCAGGCUGAGCUUCGAGUUUGCAGGCUUACUCUAUUGGGACAUAUCUGGUUGUAUAAACCAGACC